GUGUUAAUCCCGAGCCGGGCGGAGCCGUGUCGGUCCCGAUCCGGGCGGAGCCUCCGACCUCGUUCCGGGGGGAGCCUCCGCCCCUCCAUGGCUGCCAUGGCCGCCCCGCCGCCCGCCGAGCCCCCGGUGCCCCCCGGCCGGCGCUGCCCGUCGCUGCUCGCCGUAGAGCCGCUGCUGUUCCUGGCCACCGUGUCGCUGGGGCUGCAGGGCCCGCUGGCCACCCAGUACCUGUGGGACCGACUGGGUGCCGAGCACGGCUACAGCGACUUCAACAGCACCGACUCCGCCGGCUGCGGGAACGGCAACGCUACCGCCGACCCCCUGCGGCAGGAGGUGGAAGCCCUGGUGUCCCACUGGAACCUCUAUAUCAACCUGGGAGGUUUCUUCGUCAGCCUCUUCUCCGUGACUCUCUUCGGCCCAUGGAGCGACAGCGUGGGCCGGCGCCCGGCGCUGAUCCUGCCGGCCGCGGGCAUGGCCCUGCAGACGGCCAUCUACCUGCUGGUCAUGUACCUGGAGCUGCACGUCGCCUUCUUCCUCCUGGGACGCAUUUUGAGCGGCCUCACAGGUGACUACAACCUGAUCCUGGCCAGCUGCUUCUCCUACGUGGCCGACACCAGCGAGCGGCGUGCGCGGACCUUCCGGGUGGCCAUCCUCGAGGCGUGCUUGGGCACUGCAGGCAUGGUGGCCAGCAUUGGCGGUGGCCAGUGGCGCAAGACCCAGGGCUACAUCAACCCCUUCUGGCUGGCCUUUGCUGCCAGCCUUGCUGCCACUCUCUAUGCGGCUUUCUUCCUCCAGGAGUCGGUGAAGCAGAAGAAAGCGGCCAAGCUGUUCACGCUCAGCCACUACAAGGCUGUGUACAGGCUGUACACGGCGCCGGAACACCCGAGCUCCAGGUGGAAGCUGGCUCUGUACUCCCUGGCUUUCUUUCUGAUUGUCACGGUGCAUUUUGGAGCCAAGGACCUCUAUGUUUUGUAUGAGCUUGGCUUCCCUCUCUGCUGGGCUUCCGACCUCAUCGGGUACGGCUCCGCCGCCAGCUACCUGGCUUACCUGAGCAGCCUGGUGGGGCUGAGGCUGCUGCAGCUCUGCCUUGAGGACACCUGGGUGGCAGAGAUAGGAUUGCUCUCCAACAUUGCUGGGCUGGUGGUGAUUUCCCUUGCUACCACAACACCACUGAUGUUUACAGGUUAUGGGAUUCUCUUCCUUUCCAUGGCAGCCACUCCAGUCAUCAGAUCCAAGCUCUCCAAGCUGGUCAGUGAGACGGAACAGGGUGCUCUCUUUGCUUCUGUUGCCUGCGUGGAAGGGCUGUGUUCACUCGUGGCUACAGGAGUGUUCAACUCUCUCUACCCUGCCACCUUGCACUUCAUGAGGGGAUUCCCAUUUCUUUUUGGGGCUAUAAUCCUUCUUAUUCCAGCAGCUAUCCUUGGGUGGAUACAACUCUGGGAUUCGAAACACGACUACAACCACUUCCAAGACGCUAGGAAAGACUGAAUUUAACAACAAGGAAUUCGCCAGCACGGCAGCGUCCACCUGAAGAUUGCACUUUGUUCUUCCCUCAAAGCACAGAUCAGUGUGGGAGGGACACCCUGCUUGUCCUUACUAACUUCUGAAUGCCAAAUAGUUGGAAAUCACAGGAGGAACUUGAUUUGGAGCUGUGAAUGCCUCCUCAACAUUGUGUUGGCUCAUCUGUCAGAGAAAACCCAAGAGGUCCAAAAGCCAAUCAAGCUGUUCUGAGGACCUUUUGCAAAGCUGGUUUGGGGUUUGGUGGGGCCAGAAGGCUCUGCCAUGCUUUUAGUGGGGAGAGAGGACUGAGUUCUGGUUUGAUUGCCAAGCAUUUUCACCUCUGAGUACUACAGUGUGCAGCAGAGGAGCUGUUGGUGUGGUUGAGGCACAGACUGAAUCAGAGGCACCCAGCAGUGUCCUGCUGGGGGUGGGGGGAAGAUCUGUGCUCUAGAUCAUCAUGUUACCAGUAAAAACCCAACAAAUGUGACAUGCCAGACCACAAAAAUCCUUAUGGAGAGGGGCAGUUUAGCACAGGAGUGCUAUUGCUGUCCUUGCUGACUGAACCAGCUUUAGUUUUGCAAGUCAGAGGUGUCCUAAAGAGAGGAUCUAAUUGAUGAAGUGUUGGAAGGAAUGCCAGGGGCAUGUCCUGCCUGUCUGCAGCUCAGCCCAGGAUCUCAGAGGUGUUUUCGAGAAGUAACAUCAUCUGAGAAUACUGGAGUGCCAGUAGAAUAAAUCCUGGGUUAGGAGGGACCCCCGAGGAUCCUUGAAGCAACUCCUGCAGGUGCCUUAAUUGACAGUUGCCAAACCUGAUGAACUUAAGGCUAAAAUUGUUGGAAUUUUUUCCCCUUACACUGCAAAACAGUUUGAUGGGUGUGCCCCAGUCAUGUGCAAUUGCUGCUGUGCUUAUCCAGAGCCCUUCCUCAGCAAGCUGGUGUGGGGACAGGACUUGUGUCUUUAGGAUUAGUUUCUUUUCACUGUACAUAGCAUAAUUUUGUGUUAAUGACCUUUGCUGCCUGGUUUGGGAUCUGUUAAUGCCAGCAAGCAAACCCCACGUCCAUGGUGCUUAUAGUUGUUCUUUCUGAAGCAUUACCUGUGUUGCUGCUGUCCCUUUUUUCUUCAACGUGCCAUAAACCAGCAGUUCUGUGUGCACUGCACUGCACACGCUGUUCUGGUAUGUGCAGUAAUGACUUUACUCUUACUUUCAGAAUGAAUAAAACCUUCAUGCUCUUUUAUGGUUCAUAAAA